AUGCAGGUUCUCAGUACUUUGAUUCUUUGCUCUGCGGGACUUGCCUUGGCAUAUGAGGUGCCCGCUAAUUUGCAAGAAAUCUACAAAUCCCACAAGGCCGCUAAAUGCGAGAACCUACUUGCUAAAGGAUUCAAAGCUGAACAGGGCGCUCCCAGCGAUACGGAUUAUUGCGGCGACAUAGACGGGGCUAUCUUCUUGCACAGCACCUCCAAGGGGGGCGCGUACGCUGACAUGGACGUCGAUUGUGAUGGCGCUCAUAACUCCGAGGGAAGCUGCUCCGAUGAUCGGAGUGGUCAAGGUGUCACGGCUUUCCAGGAUGAAGUGAAACAAUUUGGUAUCAAGGACCUGGAUGCAAGCAUUCACCCAUAUGUGGUCUUUGGAAAUGAGGGGCAAAAGCCUUCGUUUAUGCCUGAUAAGCAUGGUAUGGAGCCUCUCAGUGUAAUGGCGAUUGUGUGUGGUGGUAAACUGCAUUAUGGUAUCUGGGGUGACACCAACGGCGGCGUUACCACCGGAGAAGCUUCCAUCUCUCUGGCUAAGCUUUGUUAUCCCAACGACAAAAUUACCGGUAACAACGGACAUAGUGCAAAGGAUGUUUUGUACAUUGGCUUCACUGGAAAGGGCGCUGUUCCAGGAUCCAAGGCAGACUGGAAAGCGAAGAACAGCAAGGCGUUCGAAAACAGCAUCAAGUCUCUUGGUGAUAAGUUGGUGGCGGGUCUUGGUUCGGGUGGAUCGAAAAGGCUCAUCAAAGCCUCUACGUCUUCGUUCACUACAUCCGUGCGAGCUACCACCACAACUUCUAGCGUUCCUGCAGGCACCUCGAAAGCGUGCCGUACGGACUAA